AGGGGCCGGAAGUUCGUAUAUCCGGGAGCUUCCGGGAGCCGCGGCUCAGGGUCGCUGACGUGGAAGCGCCCGAAGGGCAGCGGGGAGUGGCGGGUCUCCGAUUAGGACGUCGGAUUCGGAGGCCUGAAGGAUGCUAACCAAAUUCGAGACCAAGAGCGCGCGGGUCAAAGGGCUCAGCUUUCACCCCAAAAGACCCUGGAUCCUGACUAGUUUACACAAUGGGGUCAUCCAGUUAUGGGAUUAUCGGAUGUGCACUCUCAUUGACAAGUUUGAUGAACAUGAUGGUCCAGUGCGAGGCAUUGACUUCCAUAAGCAGCAGCCACUGUUUGUCUCUGGAGGAGAUGACUAUAAGAUUAAGGUUUGGAAUUACAAGCUCCGGCGCUGUCUCUUCACAUUGCUUGGGCACUUAGAUUAUAUUCGCACCACAUUUUUUCAUCAUGAGUAUCCUUGGAUUCUGAGUGCUUCAGACGAUCAGACCAUCCGAGUGUGGAACUGGCAAUCUAGAACCUGUGUCUGUGUGUUAACAGGGCACAACCAUUAUGUAAUGUGUGCUCAGUUUCACCCCUCAGAAGACUUAGUUGUAUCAGCCAGCCUGGACCAGACUGUGCGCGUUUGGGAUAUUUCUGGUCUAAGGAAAAAAAACUUGUCCCCUGGUGCGGUGGAGUCGGAUGUGAGAGGAAUAACUGGGGUUGAUCUGUUUGGAACUACGGAUGCAGUGGUGAAGCAUGUACUAGAGGGUCAUGAUCGUGGAGUAAACUGGGCUGCCUUCCAUCCCACUAUGCCCCUUAUCGUAUCUGGGGCAGAUGACCGUCAAGUGAAGAUCUGGCGUAUGAAUGAAUCAAAGGCAUGGGAGGUUGAUACCUGCCGGGGCCAUUACAACAAUGUAUCCUGUGCUGUCUUCCACCCUCGCCAAGAGUUGAUCCUUAGCAAUUCUGAGGACAAGAGUAUCCGAGUCUGGGAUAUGUCUAAGCGGACUGGGGUUCAGACCUUCCGUAGGGACCAUGAUCGUUUCUGGGUCCUAGCUGCUCACCCUAACCUUAACCUCUUUGCCGCAGGCCAUGAUGGUGGCAUGAUUGUGUUUAAGCUGGAACGGGAACGGCCAGCCUAUGCUGUACAUGGCAAUAUGCUACAUUAUGUCAAGGACCGAUUCUUACGUCAGCUAGAUUUCAACAGCUCCAAAGACGUAGCUGUGAUGCAGUUGCGGAGUGGUUCCAAGUUUCCAGUAUUCAAUAUGUCGUACAAUCCAGCAGAAAAUGCAGUCCUACUCUGUACGAGAGCCAGCAAUUUAGAAAAUAGUACCUAUGACCUGUACACCAUUCCCAAGGAUGCUGACUCCCAGAACCCUGAUGCCCCUGAAGGGAAACGAUCCUCAGGCCUGACAGCCGUUUGGGUUGCUCGAAAUCGGUUUGCUGUCCUAGAUCGGAUGCAUUCGCUUCUUAUCAAGAAUCUGAAGAAUGAGAUCACCAAAAAGGUACAGGUGCCCAACUGUGAUGAGAUCUUCUAUGCUGGCACAGGCAACCUCCUGCUUCGAGAUGCAGACUCUAUCACACUCUUUGAUGUGCAGCAGAAGCGGACUCUGGCGUCCGUGAAGAUUUCCAAGGUGAAAUAUGUUAUCUGGUCAGCAGACAUGUCACAUGUAGCACUACUAGCCAAACACGCCAUUGUGAUCUGUAACCGCAAACUGGAUGCUCUGUGUAACAUUCAUGAGAACAUUCGUGUCAAGAGUGGGGCCUGGGAUGAGAGUGGGGUAUUUAUUUAUACCACAAGCAACCACAUCAAAUAUGCUGUCACCACUGGGGACCAUGGGAUCAUUCGAACUCUGGAUUUACCCAUCUAUGUCACACGAGUGAAGGGCAACAAUGUAUAUUGCCUAGACAGGGAGUGUCGACCUCGGGUACUUACCAUUGAUCCCACUGAGUUCAAAUUCAAGCUGGCCCUGAUCAACAGAAAAUAUGAUGAGGUACUGCACAUGGUGAGGAAUGCCAAAUUAGUAGGCCAGUCGAUUAUUGCUUAUCUCCAGAAGAAGGGCUAUCCGGAGGUGGCACUGCAUUUCGUCAAGGAUGAGAAAACUCGCUUUAGUCUGGCACUGGAGUGUGGAAACAUUGAGAUUGCUCUGGAAGCAGCCAAAGCACUGGAUGAUAAGAACUGCUGGGAAAAACUGGGAGAAGUGGCCCUGCUACAGGGGAACCACCAGAUUGUGGAAAUGUGCUAUCAGCGUACCAAAAAUUUUGACAAACUUUCCUUCCUGUACCUUAUCACUGGCAACCUGGAGAAACUUCGCAAGAUGAUGAAGAUUGCUGAGAUCCGAAAGGACAUGAGUGGUCAUUAUCAGAAUGCCCUGUACCUGGGCGACGUGUCAGAGCGAGUACGGAUCCUAAAGAACUGUGGGCAGAAGUCCCUGGCCUAUCUCACAGCUGCUACCCAUGGCUUAGAUGAAGAAGCUGAGAGCUUGAAGGAGACAUUUGACCCAGAGAAGGAGACAAUCCCAGACAUUGACCCUAAUGCCAAGCUGCUUCAGCCACCUGCACCUAUCAUGCCAUUAGAUACCAACUGGCCUUUAUUGACUGUGUCCAAAGGAUUCUUUGAAGGCUCCAUUGCCAGCAAGGGGAAGGGAGGAGCACUGGCUGCUGACAUUGACAUUGACACUGUUGGUACUGAGGGCUGGGGAGAGGAUGCGGAGCUGCAGCUGGAUGAAGGUAAGAGUGCUGUUUUAGGACUGUUCUGGGAGAUGAACUCCCUGGAACGGGACUGGGUUGUGGGACAGUUCUACAGGCUUCCAGACCAUGAAGCCAACGAGGAUGCCGACAUUUUGCUUCAUUUGGCUAAGAUUGUGCCACUAUCCAAAUCUAUUUUGAGUUUGAUUUUCCUUACAGAAGGGUUUGUGGAGGCCACAGAAGGUUUGGGGGAUGAUGCUCUUGGCAAAGGACAGGAAGAAGGUGGUGGCUGGGAUGUAGAAGAAGAUCUAGAGCUCCCUCCUGAGCUGGAUAUACCCUCUGGGGCAGCUGGUGGGGCUGAAGAUGGGUUCUUUGUGCCCCCAACCAAGGGAACAAGCCCCACUCAGAUCUGGUGCAAUAACUCUCAGCUUCCAGUUGAUCACAUCCUGGCAGGCUCUUUUGAAACAGCCAUGCGGCUCCUUCAUGACCAGGUAGGGGUCAUCCAGUUUGGCCCCUACAAGCAGCUGUUCCUACAGACAUAUGCCCGAGGCCGUACCACCUAUCAGGCUCUGCCCUGCCUGCCUGCCUUGUAUGGCUACCCUAAUCGUAAUUGGAAGGAUGCAGGGCUAAAGAAUGGUGUACCGGCUGUGGGCCUGAAGCUUAAUGACCUCAUCCAACGGUUGCAGCUGUGCUACCAACUCACCACAGUUGGCAAGUUUGAGGAGGCUGUGGAAAAAUUCCGUUCCAUCCUACUGAGUGUGCCACUUCUUGUUGUGGACAAUAAACAGGAGAUUGCAGAGGCCCAGCAGCUCAUCACUAUUUGCCGCGAGUACAUUGUGGGUUUGUCGAUGGAGAUAGAAAGGAAGAAGCUGCCCAAAGAGACUCUAGAACAGCAAAAGCGCAUCUGUGAGAUGGCAGCCUAUUUCACCCACUCAAACCUGCAGCCUGUGCACAUGAUCCUGGUGCUGCGUACAGCCCUCAACCUCUUCUUCAAGCUUAAGAACUUCAAGACAGCUGCCACCUUUGCUCGGCGCCUGCUGGAACUUGGUCCCAAGCCUGAGGUGGCUCAACAGACUCGAAAAAUCCUGUCUGCCUGUGAGAAGAACCCCACAGAUGCCUGCCAGCUCAAUUAUGACAUGCACAACCCCUUCGACAUCUGCGCUGCAUCUUAUCGGCCCAUCUACCGUGGAAAGCCAGUAGAGAAGUGUCCACUCAGCGGGGCCUGCUAUUCCCCUGAGUUCAAGGGUCAAAUCUGCAAGGUCACUACAGUGACAGAGAUUGGCAAAGAUGUGAUUGGUCUAAGGAUCAGUCCUCUGCAGUUUCGCUAAGGCCCCCUUUGUGGGUGUGGGUCAGCCACCGUAUGUUCCCCCCAGAAUGUGUUAGUCUUUAUAUCCUCCUUCUAACACCACUGCCCACCCACCUACCCCCACCCCGACCCUGCAGCUACCCUUUAGAUUAUUGAUAUUUGGCUCUUUCUGCCCUAAAACCUAGCAUCAUUUUGUCUUCUUCUUUGGCAAGUCAAAAUGUCUAAACUUGACUUUUGAGGACAUAUCUUCUGAAGUUGACUACAGUUAUGGUCAAAGUUGGCCUCUCCUUUCUCGCUUAGCUCCUUCAAGGAACAAUUGAAUACUCUAUAAUGGACAUAUGUUUAGUAAAUUCCUUAGUAUUUAUUCCUCCCCUCCCCACCAGCUUUGUUUCCUUUCUACUAGAGAGGAGCAGGGUGUAAUAAAUAAGAUGCCGUUUUUGACUCAGCCAUACCAACUCUUAGUCAUUUCCCAUUUUCCUUAGGCAUUUAAACUCCCAGGUAGGUAUCCUCAGUGUACCCAGAAACUUAAGGUCUCAGAAGAAAUCAUUUGGUUUUCCAAAAUGCACACUGCUUGUACAUAACCACUUGCUAUUGAAUUGCCCUUUACAGCUGUUCUCGUAUUUUGUU